GCUGGUGCGGUGGCGGUUCGGAGUGAGGGUAGCACGUUGAGCUGAAGGCUGUGCGGAGCAGCGCGGCACAGAGCUUGGUGUUGAGCUCAGUAUGUCGUGGGAAUCCGGAGCCGGGCCAGGUCUGGGUUCCCAGGGGAUGGAUCUCGUGUGGAGUGCGUGGUACGGAAAGUGCUUGAAAGGGAAAGGGUCGUUGCCACUCUGGGCCCACGGCAUCGUGGUCGCCUGGCUCAGCAGGGCCGAGUGGGACCAGGUGACGGUUUAUCUGUUCUGUGACGACCAUAAGUUGCAGCGGUACGCGCUUAACCGCAUCACGGUGUGGAGGAGCAGGUCAGGCAACGAACUCCCUCUGGCAGUGGCUUCUACUGCUGACCUGAUACGCUGUAAGCUCUUGGAUGUAACUGGUGGCUUGGGCACUGAUGAACUUAGACUGCUCUAUGGCAUGGCAUUGGUCAGGUUUGUGAAUCUCAUCUCGGAGAGGAAGACAAAGUUUGCCAAGGUCCCCCUCAAGUGUCUGGCUCAAGAGGUAAACAUUCCGGAUUGGAUUGUUGACCUUCGCCAUGAGUUGACCCACAAGAAAAUGCCCCAUAUAAAUGACUGCCGCAGAGGCUGCUACUUUGUCCUAGAUUGGCUCCAGAAGACCUAUUGGUGCCGCCAACUGGAGAACAGCCUGAGAGAGACCUGGGAGUUGGAGGAGUUCAGGGAAGGGAUAGAGGAAGAGGAUCAAGAGGAAGAUAAGAACAUUGUUGUUGAUGACAUCACAGAACAGAAACCAGAGCCUCAGGAUAAUGGGAAAAGUGCGGAGUCAGAUGUAAAGGCAGAUGGAGACAGCAAAGGCAGCGAAGAGGUGGAUUCUCAUUGCAAAAAGGCCCUGAGUCAUAAAGAGCUAUAUGAAAGAGCCCGAGAACUGCUGGUAUCAUAUGAAGAGGAGCAGUUUACGGUGCUGGAGAAAUUUAGGUAUUUACCUAAGGCCAUUAAGGCGUGGAAUAACCCGUCCCCACGUGUAGAAUGUGUCCUGGCAGAGCUCAAGGGCGUUACAUGCGAGAACAGGGAGGCUGUGCUGGAUGCUUUUCUGGAUGAUGGCUUCCUUGUCCCCACAUUUGAACAGUUGGCAGCUUUGCAGAUAGAGUAUGAAGAUGGUCAGACUGAGGUCCAGAGAGGGGAAGGUACUGACCCAAAGUCACACAAAAACGUGGACUUGAAUGACGUCCUGGUGCCAAAGCCGUUCUCUCAGUUCUGGCAGCCCCUGCUCAGGGGCCUGCACUCCCAGAACUUCACGCAGGCCCUAUUGGAGAGGAUGCUCUCUGAACUGCCAGCCUUGGGGAUCAGCGGGAUCCGGCCUACCUACAUCCUCAGAUGGACCGUUGAACUGAUCGUGGCCAACACCAAGACUGGACGGAAUGCUCGCCGAUUUUCUGCAGGCCAGUGGGAAGCAAGAAGGGGCUGGAGGCUGUUCAACUGCUCCGCCUCCCUUGACUGGCCCCGGAUGGUUGAGUCCUGCUUGGGCUCACCUUGCUGGGCCAGCCCCCAACUCCUUCGGAUCAUCUUCAAAGCCAUGGGGCAGGGCCUGCCAGACGAGGAGCAGGAGAAGCUGCUGCGCAUCUGUUCCAUUUAUACCCAGAGUGGAGAAAACAGCCUGGUGCAGGAGGGCUCUGAGGCCUCCCCCAUUGGGAAGUCUCCAUAUACACUAGACAGCCUGUAUUGGAGCAUCAAACCAGCCAGCUCCAGCUUCGGGUCUGAAGCAAAGGCCCAGCAGCAGGAAGAGCAGGGCAGUGUUAAUGAUGUCAAGGAAGAGGAGAAGGAGGAGAACGAGGUCUUGCCAGACCAGGUAGAGGAGGAGGAAGAAAAUGAUGACCAAGUGGAGGAAGAGGAGGAUGAAGAUGAUGACGAUGAUGAUGAAGAUGAUGAAGAGGAAGACAGAAUGGAGGUGGGGCCUUUCUCUACAGGGCAAGAGUCCCCCACUGCCGAGAAUGCUAGGCUUCUGGCCCAGAAAAGAGGAGCUUUGCAGGGGUCUGCAUGGCAGGUUAGCUCAGAAGACGUGCGAUGGGACACAUUUCCCCUAGGCCGAAUGCCAGGUCAGACCGAGGACCCAGCAGAGCUCAUGCUGGAGAAUUAUGACACCAUGUAUCUUUUGGACCAGCCUGUGCUAGAGCAGCGGCUGGAACCCUCAACAUGCAAGACUGACACCUUGGGCCUGAGCUGUGGUGUCGGCAGUGGCAACUGCAGCAACAGCAGCAGCAGCAACUUCGAGGGCCUUCUCUGGAGCCAGGGGCAGCUGCAUGGGCUCAAAACUGGCCUGCAGCUCUUCUGAUGGCCAUCCCUGGUGCAAGUGUUCAUCCAGCCCUGCCAGGGCAACAGCCUACCCCCUAGUACAACUGAUGCUCCCUGAGACAACCUGGGAGACAGCCUGGAUCAGCCACAUCAACUCAGUUGUCCACCACAGGGGAAUUUUGAAUGUCUUUUGUUUUUGUUUUGUUUUGAAAAAUAAUAAACAGGCAACUGUA